UAUCACUAUCAGUUCGAUCGACUUGGCCUUGCUAACUGGUUGCUUUCGCAACAGAGGGAAAAGCCAGCAGCGGCAUUCUUCAAUGCAGAGGUUCUGCGAUACGAGGUAAAGGAUGAAGAAAGAAUCGCUCAGCCCCCUCUACUGUUAUCGAACUAUUGGAAGUGUGAGGAAGAUCACACAGAUGUGCGAAUAGACUACCACCUUAAUCCUGAAUGUUCGAUAACAACUCCAUUGUUAAAUCUGGUUUUUACAACGAAACUCUCCGGCAAUGUCAGCAGCGUAACGUCAGAUCCACCGGCUGCUUGGUCCACGGAAAAUAGUUCAUUAUCAUGGACAAUAACUGAGUUGUCGAGACAUGGUGAUUGUGCGGGUUCGUUAAAAGCACGGGUACAUCUUUCCGGAGGAGGCCCAUCUCAGUCGGCUCACGUUCACGUGCAGUUUCAGUGCUCGGAUGCGACUAUCUCAGGCGUUAAUGUGUCCCUGGUAAAUUCCGAUACGUAUCAUUUGUCGAUGGUUCGAAGAAAAGUGUUGGCUGGAAAGUAUUUUAGUGAACCGGAAGUUCGAAAAUAG